AUGGACAUAAUUAAUGCCAUCGAUAAUAAUUUAUCAACUUCACACAGAAAAAAUAAGGUCACCAAAAAUAGAAAUCCUUUAAUUAAAAAGUGCAAUAAAUGUAAGAGGUCAAAACUUCAUGAUAAUAAGAAUGCUCAGCAAUGUAAUUUUUGCAAUCAGAUAAUGUUAAGUGGAAAUAAAUUUAUUGAUAAUUGGCUUACUAAACUAAAUAAACAAAAGGUUUUUAUAGAAUUUAUUCCGUAUGAACAAUUUAAAGAUAUCAUUUAUCUUUCUGAGGGAGGAUUUAGUAAAAUAUACAAAGCGACAUGUGUUAAUGGUAUAAGAACGGAAUGGAAUAGUCGGAAGCGAAGAUUUACAAAAGCUAUUAGCAAUGAAACAGUUGUUCUUAAAAGCCUUAAUAGUUCUGAAGCUAUAAGUAAUGAUUUUUUAAAUGAG